AUGGCCUCUUGGAAUGCAAUGAUAUCUGGGUUGGCUAUGCACGGGCGUCCUCACAUAGUACUCGAGCCCUUCUCCAUAAAGACAAACGAAGUGUUUGCACCAGAUGACAUCGCCUUCGUCAGUUUGGUAGAUCUAGGACGGAACUACUUUACUUCAAUGGUGCAAGAUUACAACUUUACUCCUAAAUUGCAGCUCUAUGGCUGUAUGAUAGAUCUUCUAGGCAAAGCUGGGUUGUUUGAUGCAGGAGAGAGACUAAUAAACGAUAUGGAAAUGAGCCCAGAACCCGAAGUGUUGUAUGAUAUGGACGAGGAAAGGAAAGAUGAGGUCUUGAGCCAUCACAGUGAGAAGCUGGCGAUUGCUUUUGGAUUGAUCGAUACAAAGCCGGGGACUAUGAUAACUAUAGUGAAGAAUCUGCGUGUUUGUGGUAACUGUCACUCUGCAACUAAGCUGAUUCCAAAGAUCUUUAAUAGCGAAAUCAUUGCUAGAGACAGAAAUCGGUUCCAUCAUUUCAGAGAUGGCCGGUGUUCGUGUAACGCCUACUGGUAA